AUGUUGAAGGAAGGAAUAGGGUUCAAGGACUACCUACAUGGACCAAUGGAUGCAGGAACAAAGCUUAAGGUCAAAUUCAGGACCGGGGACAUAGGCCUUCGAGAACGUCGACGAAGACAUAGGACGGUAGACGAGGAAGACGACGAGUUCAAAUGUGAUUGCGGCUUCGAAUGCGAAGACCGUGUUCAUGUAGUCGCGGAAUGUCCGUUGUACAAGAAGGAGAGGGAAGUCCUCCUGUCGAUACCCUCCGGCCCACUCUCAACCGUGAACGUCAGAUUCAUCGUGGACAAGGAUGAAGAACGCUCGGAGGUGAAGGUGCAAGAGGGUCCCGAAGGGUUCCCGUUCCUGUACGGCGAGGAAUACAACUUCAAGUACAGCUUCAAGCUUAUUGAGGACAUGAAAGUCGCCACCCGCUAUACCCACCUCGGCCAGCUCAAGGGCUCGGCGGGUGGCUACAUGAUCAAGGGCGACCCGAUCUACUCCCUCACCGCCAACAAGCACGGGCUGCACGUUCGCUUCAGCAACUUGGAGACCAUCGAAGACUACCAUGACGGCUUGGACAUGCCGCUGGAUUGGGAUGCCGUCACGGGGGAGUGGGUGCACGUGGAGAUCAUCACCACCUUCGGGAAGUCCAUGGUGGUGCGACGAGAUGGUCUCGGCUGUCAGGCGCGUGCUUUGUCUUGCGCCGAAGGUUUUGACACGACAAGGCUCUUCACCUCUUGCAGCCGCGCCUUUGAACAAGUCAACAUCUCUGGAGCCGUCAGCGGAACGGCUGUCUGGCCGAGUGACCUUAAGCCCGUGGCCUGGCACCGCGACUCCGAAAUGGUCCGGAUGAAGCUGGGUCUCUACCAUUCCAUUCACAAUGUUCAUGACCAGGAGGUUAUCUACCGGGACAUCUCGAUCGAGGGACCGAACGGGAUCAUCCGGACGAGCCCUCCCUCGGACAUCCACAUCCACCCGUGCCGCACCUUUGGCAGUUGCCCAAGGUCAGUAACCACGUGCCCGCCCUCCAGCGGCAGUACGAUCGACUGGAACUGCAUGUUCGGCGUCGGCUCCCUGGUGGAGGUCGAGGCUCGGGGAGGGAAGCUGGUGUCGUGUCCUUCCGGCACGGACGCUGAGCCUUGUUCGAGGUUCAUCGUUCCCAAGGAGAAAGAGCGCGCAGAAGCGCAGAAGGGCGUCGGGGGUUUCCAGUUCGCGAAGGGCGAGACGUACAUCUUCAAGUACAGCUUUAGGGCGAAGGACGGCAUGAAGGUCUCCGGCUCCUCCACCCGGUUGGGUCAGAUGAAGGGCGUUUCGGGCGGCUUCCAGCUCAAGGGAAAUCCCCUGUUCUCCGUCACGGCCAACAACAACGGGAUCAACGUCCGCUUCAACAACGAAGACGACGACAACGUCGAGGGUAUGGACGAGUUCCUGAGCUGGGAGGACGCCACAGGAGAGUGGGUUCACGUCGAAAUCCAGACGACCUUCGGGGAAGUCCAUGGAGGUGUCUACUUCUCGGGCGCGGUGAACGGUAAGGCGGUGUGGCCUCCCAGCUACAAGCCCGUCGCCUGGAACGACGACGCCGACACGAUAAUGUUCAAGCUCGGCCUCUACCACAUCAAGAACAAGGUGGGGAGACUAGAAAUUCCCGUGCGUGCGCUCGAAACGAACUCCGCUUCUUCCUCCCUCGACGGCCGCUCUAGUCCGUCAACAACCAAUCGCUCUAUCCCUCCUCCGAAGGUCGCCGACGGGGAGGUGGAGUACAAGAACAUCUCCAUCCAGGGUCCCAACGGACUGCUCAGGACAAGCUCCGUCGGCGACAUCAACCACCGCCCCCCCCAGGGCAUCACGUCCCUCGGGUGUGUGAAGGACGCCCGUCACGACCGUCUGCUGGACAACAUCUACCGCUUCGAAGACUUGACGCCCGAGUGCUGGUGCGGCACCGGUGCUGGCGAGGUCGUCGAGGGCAUGUUCCGUCACGGCUCGGCCACCUGCAACAUGGCGUGCUCCGGAGACAAGGACAAGACCUGCGGAGGUCCGUACCUCGGCUGGUUCAAGGACAACCGGUUCAACCGGGCGCUGUCCAAAAAGCAGACGUCGAGCAACGACAUGACGCUUGAGGACGCCAAGCAAUAG